CCACUUUCCCGGAGCUGGGGCGGAGAGGCAGGAAAACUUCCUGGCCGGGGCUCGGGACGCUGGGUCGCCAGCCCCGCAGUCCCGCCUCCCGGUGCCACCCCUCCCCCGCGCCCCCCAGUGUCCGCCAUGGCCAAAGCCUACGACCACCUCUUCAAGCUGCUGCUGAUCGGGGACUCGGGGGUGGGCAAGACCUGUCUGAUCAUUCGCUUUGCAGAAGACAACUUCAACAGCACUUACAUCUCCACCAUCGGGAUUGACUUCAAGAUCCGCACUGUGGAAAUCGAGGGGAAGAAGAUCAAACUGCAGGUCUGGGACACAGCUGGCCAAGAGCGAUUCAAGACAAUAACUACUGCCUAUUACCGUGGGGCCAUGGGUAUUAUCCUAGUGUAUGACAUCACUGAUGAGAAAUCCUUUGAAAAUAUUCAGAACUGGAUGAAAAGCAUCAAAGAAAAUGCCUCAGCUGGAGUGGAGCGACUCUUGCUGGGGAACAAGUGUGACAUGGAGGCUAAGAGGAAAGUGCAGAAGGAGCAGGCCGAUAAGUUGGCUCGAGAGCACGGAAUCCGAUUUUUUGAGACAAGUGCCAAAUCCAGUAUGAAUGUGGAUGAGGCUUUCAGUUCCCUGGCUCGGGACAUCUUACUCAAGUCUGGAGGCCGGAGAUUGGGGAACCAUCACAAGCCCCCCAGCACUGACCUGAAGACCUGCGACAAGAAGAACACCAGCAAGUGCUCCCUGGGCUGAGGACCCCCUGCGGCCUUCCCACCCUGAGCCUGGAGGUGGAGCCGGCCGGCCGGGGGAGCCAGGGCUGAGGGACUGCACAGGGAGGGGCCAGCGGUGCCUGAGAGGCGGGUUGGUGGUGAGGAGCCGAGGAGAAGACAGAGAAGAGAAAGAAGGAAACCAGGGGACUGGAGAAGUGUAGGAAGGAACAGAGGAAGUGAAGGAAGGUGAGGGGGAGGAUGAGAGGGAGGAGGAAGGGUAGGACGGAUAGCCUCAGGCCGUGGACUUUCUCUGGAUUUUUAGGUCACGAAUAUAUGUAAAUAUACUGAUUUAUUUUGAUACUCGAUCAGGUUUUUGAGUCCUGGGAGAGGCUGGCUCAGCCCCACUCUCUGAAGGUUUGUCACGCUGCAUGGUCUUCCUCUGUAUUAAAGGCCAUUCUUUGCACAACUGUC